UUUUGAGUGGUGUUAACAAAUCUACAGCUCAUGAACGUGUAGGUAUAACUAGGGGGUUUUGUGCCCAUAGGCAGCUCUUGCCACGUGUCAGUAGUGAAUUUUGGUGCUUGGGCACUUUGAGUGAGGAGAUUCUUCUGCAGAUUCUUCGCAGUGAAGACUGAGUGUCCUAAAUGAUCAUCACGCAUAAGCUCAACCUUCUCAAUAUUCGCUCCCUUUCCCAGAUCACUUACGAGCCUGUUGAACAACACAGAUCCUCAGGGAAAUCCCUUGAUAACCUAUUCCCAUUAUGAAAAUUAUCUAUUUCUUCUUACCCUUUGUUUCCCAUUGGUAACUAUUCAUGCAGAAGUGCCCUUCCCCUUUGCACCACUACUGCGCCAAUCCCAGAAAAGCCUUGGGUGAAGGACGUUUCUAAAAGUGCAUGAAAAACAGCCUGCACCAGGGACCAGGUCACCCCAGCAGAGUGGUCACCUUCACUUUGAAAAAACUUGACUAGCUAUAAGCAGGACUGUACUCUGCCAAAACCAGGUUGUCUCGGUUCCCAGUGUAUCGUGAGUUUGUUAAUGACGCCAGUACAAAAGCCAGGUGUCCUGGUGUGUAAGUUCCCUCGGCCACCUCCCGAGCCCUUUAUAAACCUGCCUUUAAGGAAUCUGCCAUUCCUUAAGAGCAAAUUUGCUAUUCCUUACGUUGGUGGCACAGCCUGGCAGUUCCCUGCCUGAGUUUCUGACUUCCAGGGCCAGCCAGCGUGCUGCCUGUGAAUUUACUGAUCUGCUCAAAACCUAUCUGUGGCCUCAGUAUCUAAUCUGUUACGAGAGCAGAGCAUUAUAGGGCAAAAUUCAUUAACGUUUGUAAAGCUCAUCAAGAUCUUUCAUGAGCAAAUCCCAUCAUGUUUUAAUUUUUUUUUUUUAAAUGUCACGAGUAAGUUCUCAUUACUCAUUGAAGAGCUGAAGCAAACAGUGUUUGCCAGACCCAAAUAUUGGAACAGGCAAAGGCUGCAACUCUCUGGGUUUACCACUUUUAGGACACUUUCAUUUCAGCUUAAACUCCCUGCCUCAAUUCUGCUCCUACAAAUCAGAAGCAUAGCCUGCCACCAGCUUUUCCAAACAUAGGCUCAGGGAUUCCCAUAGACCCCUGGCCCUGGGCUUUUCAGAAGAUGUCUGGUAGCUCCAUGGGGCUCUGAGAGCCUCUGGUCCUGGUUGCUGUUAGCGUUGCCCUGACUUUGCAGUGUGAGAUGCCAGCGUGAAGGACAGCAAAGGAUGGAUGAGUGUAUCCAGCAGGUGUUGGAUCACACAAACCCUGGAAACCUUCCUAAACCCCUUGGCCUUCCAGCCCAGUGUGGUGGUUUGUCCCCCUCCAAUGGUGCUUGGACGUUACUGCACGCCUGCAGGAUGUCCAGAGGAGACAUGGCCAAACCCCUCCUGGGCCAUCGGAGCAUGGAGGGUGACCCCAGCAGCAUGCCAGCGGCCGGCCGCACCAUCGGGGUGCUGGGGAGCGGGGACUUUGCGCGGUCGUUGGCCAUCCGCCUGGUGUGCUCCGGGUUCAAGGUGGUGGUUGGCAGCCGCAACCCGAAGCGAAAAGCCAGCCUCUUCCCUUCUGCGGCAGAAGUCACCUUCCAGGCUGAGGCGGUAAAGAAGACGGACAUCAUUUUUGUGGCAGUUUUCAGGGAACAUUACUCCACCCUCUGUGACCUGGCUGAUGUGCUGGUGGGCAAGAUCCUGGUGGACGUUAGUAACAACACCGAGAUCAACCAUCACAAAGAAUCCAAUGCCGAGUACUUGGCUUCCCUGUUCCCAGCCUGCACCGUGGUCAAGGGGUUUAACGUGGUUUCUGCGUGGACGCUGCAGUCAGGUGCCAGGGAUGGAAAUAAGCAGGUUCUGAUUUGCUCAAAUAACCAAGAAGCCAAGCGCACUGUAGCAGAAAUUGCUCAAGUCAUGGGAUUCACCCCUGUGGACAUGGGCUGCAUGUCAUCAGCCUGUGAGAUUGAGAACAUUCCCCUGCGCCUCUUGCCAGCCUGGAAAAUCCCCAUCUUUUUGGCAUUGGGGCUCUUUCUUUGCUUCUUCACUUACAACCUGAUCCGGCAGGUCAUCCACCCUUACAUCAGGGAACAGAAGAACAAGUUGUACAAGAUCCCCAUUGAGGUGGUCAACACAACGCUGCCUUGUGUGGCCUACGUCAUGCUCUCUCUUGUCUACCUGCCUGGGGUGCUGGCAGCCUGCUCCCAGCUCUACUAUGGCACCAAAUACAGGCGCUUUCCAGACUGGCUUGACCAGUGGCUCCAGCACCGAAAGCAGAUCGGGCUCCUCAGCUUCUUCUGUGCAGCUUUGCAUGCCGUGUACAGCUUCUGCCUGCCCAUGCGCCGCUCCCACCGCUACCAACUAAUCGAGACAGCCGUCAAGCAGUCCACCCUUGGAUUUAUUGCCUUGGUAAUCAGCACUCUGCACACACUCACAUAUGGAUGGUCAAGGGCCUUUGAUGAGAACCAGUACAAAUUCUACCUGCCGCCAACCUACACCCUCACGCUGCUCGUCCCGUGUACUGUGAUCCUAGCAAAAGUCAUCUUCAGUUUGCCCUGCGUCCAGCAAAGACUUCUGCGAAUCAGGAGGGGCUGGGAGAAGGGGAGAUACGUGAAGUUUGUUCUGCCCAGCGCAACGGGGGAAUAUUCAAGCGGGGAGACCUCUAGCAACGUCUAACAGAGCCCUCGGCUGGGACACAAUUUCAAAGCACUAUCAACAUUUCUAUAAAGGUGUUUCUUUUUCUUAAAUAUAUGUAUGUUUUGGUAUAAUUGUGUUGUGGGUAAAUAAUAAAGUUUGGUGACUUUAGAAAAUGGAUAACCAUGAAGCUAGUUUAGACAGUAGUAGUUAAAUUAUAUUGCUGAUUUGCUAGGACAAUUAUUGCCUUAAAAAUGACUGUGAAAGCUGAGCUGGCAGCACUAAUAUACAAGGGAAACUGAGGGACUCUCUUAGAUCAGUCAUUUGAGGUGCUGGCUGGCAGCUCCUCAGACCAGUACUUCUCAGUUGCUUCCCUAGCUGCUCUCAUGAAUUGCAAUGCCUUUUUUUUUUUUUUUAAUAUGAAGUAGCACAGAUUUUCUGGGUUUUGUGACCGCAAAGAUAUGCUGCCUCUUGAGUGUCUGGCUCAGUCAAGGCAGUGAGGUUUAGAAAAAUGAAUUGUCUCUGCUUUUGGUCUCCUCAGAGAACUCUAUGGAUAAGUAGGAAGAGCAAUGUCCGUGUUAUAUAGCAUCUGCAGAUUUUACUAAAAGCAUCCAAACCUGGCAGCAAGUCCAAGUAUACCUGUUCUCUCAAAUACAUACAGCACUUCUGGUCCUGUAAACUGUGCCUGAUGCACCUUUAUAAGCUAUAGAAAUAAAGCACUUUUCCCAGCAGCAUAAAAAGCAUUUGGAGAGAUGUCCCUAACAUCACUUGUCUGGUCUGCACGGCUGGCUCCGAGAUUGCUGCUGCUGCUGCACGUUCUCUGUUUUACUAAGCCAAAGUUUCAAGCAGUAUUUCAUGGAAACAGAGCAAAGAUAAUUAUCAGAAAGACCUGCUGUUUCACGAAAUUACAUGGAGAAAACUAAGGCCCUCCAGCUGGCCUUACAGCAAAUCAAAGGGUGAAGCUUUUAGAAAUCAUCUGUCACCUGAACAUGCCCAUUUACACAGACAAAACAGCAGCUCUAAACCCAUUGUUUUCACUAGCAAUAAUAUCUUUGAAUGGUCUUACAAAGGGAUCAAAGAGUCUUGACUGCAGUAUAAAAAUACAGCAGUUGUACAUUUUGGGCACAGUUCUUCAUUGCUUUUCUCCUUAAAAAGUCACUUGCUAGAUCACAAAGCAGGUAGCAAAUGCUGUUCUGACUUCACUCACACUUUGGAUAAGGUACAGGGCAAUGAAGAUUUCUGUCCUAAUUUAAUUUUCCAACUGUCACUUUCUAUGCCUUCAAGCUGUUACUCUUGAUCAGAAUAAUUGUCUAGGUUUUGGACAUCCAAAUCACCAAACAGAGAACAGACAACCAUUCACAAAAGCUCAUUUGAGCAAUCGGGAUGACACGAGCAGUCUACCUCAGUCAGGUCAGAUAGAAGGACACAGCUGUAACAGCCUCUUUUUCCUACAGUUAAGCAAAACCCACCACUUCAUGUUCAGUAUUGCUUUGAAAAACAACAGCUGUCAGCAUCAGAUGAGGUACAGUUUGUGGCACCAGUACGUACUUUUACUGGACCAGUUCACAGAAGGGGGGGGGGGGG